AUGAGGGCCGUGCUCUGGGACCUGCUGCUGCUUUGCCUCUUUGCCCGGGCAAGGAGUGACUGUCGAGGGGAUUGCCUGCGUUGCGACCGCCACUUCUACCGGGACGGCUUCGACCUCCUCGUCUGCAUCCUGGAGUGCGAAGGCGAAGCCGUCCCGCGAGCCACCUGGGAGAUGUGUGCCACCAGCAUCCGAUCUGCACCGCGUCCAGGUGCCACCGGUGCCGGCGUCCUCGGUGCCAUGGAACCGGUCGAGGCGGUGGCGAGCCCGCUGCAGGUAAGCGAGCUGCUGCGGCGCCGGGACGCCGAAGACGGAGGUGCUGGGAUGGCGCCGGGCGCUUUCCCAUCGCAGGACGAGGACAUUUCCCGGCGGCUCGGAGGUGGCUUCCCACGGGGGACACGCGGCUCGUGGCCGGCGGCCCGUGGGGUGCAGAAGAGAUACGGGGGCUUCAUCGGGGUGCGCAAGUCGGCGAGGAAGUGGAACAACCAGAAGAGGUUUAGCGAGUUCCUGAAGCAGUACCUGGGCAUGUCGCCCCGCUCCAGUGAGUACGACAUGGCCGGCGACCUCAGCGAGCACAACGAGAUCUAGCCGGCCCCGCGGCACCGCGCCAUGGACACGCGCGCCAUGGCCAAAAAGUCAAUCCAUUGCCCCAACCCCAAAACCUCCGUUAGGAAGGGUUUCUCCAGGAAGCGAUGGCUGCUUGUUUUUUUCUUUUGUUUUCUUUUGUUUUGUGUUCAUUGUACCCUCAAAAUACCAUAAUUUUACC